GCGAGAGACGGGCGGGCAGAGCGGCGAGCGAGCGAGCAAGCGGGCGGGCGUGCGCGUGGCGAGACAAAGACGGCGGAGCGGAGGAACGGGAGCGCGAGGCAAGCAGAGACAGCGAGCAGAGCGCGAGCGUGCGUGUUUUUGUUGUCGUGGAGUGGCCGUGCCUGCACGCGGGCGGCGGAUUGAGAGCACUGCUCGGGCUGGAGGCAGAGUGAAGAAGAAAUAGUUUAUUUUUUAUUAUUAAUAUAUUUAUUGUUUUUUCUCUUCCUCCCUCCACGAGCUGGCGGCGGACGACACCCGGUAUCUGCGAGCUGAGCACCCCGUAUACAAUACAAAAAAGCUCAGUCCAUGCUGCAACACAAUUGGCAGGACACCACGUUAAGAUAGUUUAGCUAAAAGAGGCGGUUUUAUUUUCUGAUUUUAUUACUAUUGUAUUCCUUUUCCUUUUGGAGUGAAAGGAAAAGAAGAAGAAGAAGGAGGAGAAGUGUGUGUGUGUGGCUAGUUGGGAAGGUUGUCCAGAGGGAGCCGUUCCCACCCCAAAACCUGUUCCCGCCCCGGAGUCUGAUGCUCAUCGACGGGGACUAAAGGGAAUAAAGUGACUAUGCCUAGCCCUCUAUUCCACCCAGAGAUUAUGGAUCACGACAUGGUAGUGAGCAGCCAGCAGAACGGGGUUGCUCUAGCCAGGGAAACAGACCCAGAGUCCCGGGACGAGGACCAUCAGGAGGUGCUCCGCUUCGCCCUAGACCAGCUGACACUCAUGGGGCUGGAUAAAGUGGAUCCUCUGGAUGGGACCACAGGCACCGUUGUGUCUGAGAACUGCAACGGUAGUGUAGGAGGAGGAAGCAGUGGAGGCUAUGUCGACCUACAGAUGCUUGAUCACCCGGGUGGAUCUCGGGAGUCUCCCACCUCGUGCUCCCCAUCUCCAGAGUACUAUGGCCCGGGCGGUUACCACAUUGGGGGGCCGCACUCCCAUGCGGUGCUGGGGGAGCAAGGUUCGGUGCUGUGCAACCGGAAGAGGAGCGUGAACAUGACCGAAUGUGUGCCAGUGCCUAGCUCGGAGCAUGUUGCAGAAAUUGUUGGACGGCAAGGUUGUAAGAUCAAAGCUCUGCGCGCAAAGACCAACACUUACAUCAAGACCCCCGUUAGAGGAGAGGAGCCCGUAUUUAUUGUAACAGGCCGACGCGAGGACGUGGAAAUGGCUAAGCGAGAGAUCAUCUCGGCAGCAGAGCACUUUUCCAUGAUCCGCGCCUCACGCUGCAAAGCCGGUGCUGGUGGCAACGGUGGGGGAUCCCUCCCCGGACCCCCUCAUCUGCCGGGCCAGACCACCAUUCAGGUGCGUGUUCCCUACCGGGUUGUGGGCCUAGUAGUUGGGCCUAAAGGAGCCACGAUCAAACGCAUCCAGCAGCAGACGCACACGUACAUUGUGACGCCGAGCCGAGAGAAGGACCCCGUAUUCGAGGUGACGGGGAUGCCGGAGAACGUUGACAGAGCACGGGAGGAGAUCGAGACCCACAUCACUCUCCGCACGGGCGCCUUCGUAGACCUUCAGGGCGACAACGACUUCCACAGCAACGGCACUGACGUCAGCUUGGAAGGUCUGGGCUCACUGGGGCUUGGUAGUACCUUAUGGUCACGUGGAGGCAACCAUGGCCACGCCACUCAAGCUCCACCGCCUCCGCCUCCUCCACCUCCCCUCCCUCUGUCCAUGCACCACUCCUCUCGCAAGAUGUCCUCUGCCUCCUACCACAAUGGCGGCGGCAUUACCUCAGAGUCGUAUUCAUCCAGCCGCCGGCCCACCGAAAGCGGCAGCCCAACUAGUCCCUUCAGCACAGGCAGCGGCGGUGGCGGCUUCACCUUCGGCGGCGACUCCACCCCGGGCCUCCCGGCCACAGCCUCGGAUGACCUGAGCUUCGAGUUCAGUGGCUCCAACAUCUGGGCGCCCUUCAUGAACGGUGGUGGCGGCAGCAGUGGCAGCGGCAAGCAGCCACAAGCCAUCCGACGCAACAGCAGCGGCCUGAGUGGAGGAAACAUCACACCCCGCCUCUCACCCACCCUGCCAGCCGACUCUUCAGCCCUGGAUCACCCGCUGGCCCGCCGGGCGCAGAGCGACCCUCUCAGCACACUGUCCUGGCUCCAGACUGGAUCGUCCUUCUCCGGAGGAAGCAGCAGCAGUGGCGGCAGCACCACUGGCUACUCAUCCUGCUCCGCCUCCUCCUUGCCCGGAGGUUCCCCCACCGACUCUGAGGGCGGCGGCAGCGGCAUGGGCGUCGCAUCGGGUGUCCUGGGUCGACUGAAGGCCGGCACCCUGGCCGGUAUGGUUCCCGGGGGCAGCAGGGACUGCUUCGUGUGCUUCGAGAGCGAGGUGACUGCGGCGCUGGUGCCCUGCGGCCACAACCUCUUCUGCAUGGACUGCGCCGGGCAGAUAUGCCAGUCGCAAGAGCCGGAAUGCCCCGUGUGCCACACCCCCGCCACUCAGUGCAUCCGCAUCUUCUCUUAAUGCCACGCAGCCAGAGCAGACCCAGGGUUGGGAGAGUGGGCGAUGCUGUGCUGUUGUUAUUAAUAAUGAAAAAUAAAACUCUAGAACAUCAGGCUGUCCUACUAUUUAGAAGGUUUACAGCAAAACUGGGGAUGAAAAAGGAGAGAGGAGGACGACGAUGACGUGUAUCUGCAACCUGCCUACACAUACAAUUGACAGUAAUAAGUACCAUAUUAGAUACGACACUAUUCUGACGUUGAUUUGUUGUUAUUAAUAAUAAUAACUAUGGUGGUGAUAAUGACAAUAUGAUUUACCCAUGACUCAUAUGAUGUACUUUUCCCAGGCUGUGGAAUCAGCAGGUCACGUGAGGUUUCUUCUUUAAAAAAACAAACAAAAAAAACGAAAUCUCAUUGUGGACGAGGAGGACGAAUACCAGUGUCUUAUCUUUCUUUAGGCAUUAAUUUUAUCUAACGCCGAUGAAUCUGUCCAUGUAUUAUACAUUCCCUCUCCCCUGUCAUUUUUGCUUCUGAGCUCAACCUGGUUCUUACCACAGGUUCUUAUUUUUUUUGCUUGAGACUUUUUUUCUACUCGCAGAUAUUUUUCGAUUUAAGCUGCAUAGGUCUGCACUUUUUUCUAAUGGUUCAUUUUGGAGAAAACAAAAUAAUUCAGAGGGACGGGCGUUUUUUGGGUUCCUUUUUUUUUGCACACUGUUGAAGUGAGCGGCAACACUAUGACAACGAGUCUGUAUAAUGGUGAGCGUGGACAUUAUACAGAAAAGGAAAAAGAACUAAACGAAAGACUGUGGAGCCUGCACACCCGUCAGACCAAAAUAUUACUACUUUUUUCUUUUUGUUUGUUUAAAAUCAAUGAAGAAUGAAACACUUAAUAUUUAUUCAAGUUAAGAAUUGAUAUCCAACAUAAUGGUUAAUGUUCAAUAUAAGAAGAUAAGUAGAUAGAAUAGUUUAACGUUGCAUAAGAAAUAUCCUUACAACAGUGCUAAGAGGGCCGGUGUAUUCCACCUUUACGUCUCUCUUCUUUUUGUCUUCGUCUCUCUCUUUAGCCUUACAACCUUAAAAACUCAUUACUCCAGUCCAGUAGAGGGCCCUGUGAGCCCUUCUGUAUCUAACGGGCAUCUGGCCUGUGUGUCUUCUAGCGUAGGGCAGGAGGCUGGUCAUGUACACUUCAUUACUUUAAUACUUCAUUACCACAGACACUCUCUCUCUUUUUAUUACAUUAUAUUUGCUACUAUGAUCAAAAAUACGAAACAAAAAAAGUAAAAAAGGUCAGAGGUUUGUUCCUUCAUUCCUGUUUUUCGCCCCCGCCUCGUCUCAAGGGAGCGAAACACAAAACCGACACUUAAAACACACUCGCUGCAGACGUCGCACAGUCUGGAGUCGCCUUUUAGUCCACUGAAAACCUUAUGUUACAGUUGAAUCUGUUUUUAGUGUUCUUAGAGAGGUUGUUUUAACGUUAAAGCUCUCUAUUUGUGGUUGACGCGGACAGACGUAGUAGCCUCUUUUCCACAAACCUCGUCGUACGUUGAAUUUACUGAAUUGAAUUCUAGUAUAGAUAGGUCUUUGUAACUUUGCAAGAAUGUUUUUUCUCCUUACUGUGGAGGUGUGUGUGUGUAUAAGUGAGCGAGUGAUUCUGAGUGAGUGUGUAUGUAUGUAUGUAUGUAAAGGAGGAGGAGAAGAGUGGGAGGUUUUCUUUUAAAUUAGUGGACUGUUGUAGAGCCAUCCCACUUUGUGCACUGCGACACAUUGCAAUGUUUAUUAUUGUUUUUGUUUCGUUCGUUCGUUCGUUGGUGUUGAUUAUCUCCUACCGGAUCCGGUCACUGUGGGCCGAAAUGGAGAAAUCGUUAAAUCGUUGGUCUUCCGCCCCUUCCGUUUACGAGCUCUUCUUGUUUCCUAAUUUUAAAAAAGAAUUUAUAUAUAUAUAUAUAUAUAUAUAUAUAUAUAUAUAUAUAUAUAUAUAUAUAUAUAUAUAUAUAUAUAUAUAUAUAUAAAAUACGCUCACGCUCUUACUUUUGAGGAUGAACGCACCUCGGUCAGCAGUUCAGCCUGCCUGUAAGAGCCGCCAGUGCUGGUCUCUUUCUCAAUAUGGAGAUUUUUAGGUUUUAAUUUUUUUUUUUGUGCUUAGUCAUGAUUUCAAAUCUUUACUGUCACCAUCUAAACCUUGUAACCUUCUGUGAAAUAGUCCAGUAUUAGUUAGGUAUUAUAAAAAUAAUUACAUUGGAAAUACACAUUUUUGUCAGGACAAAAUUCUGCCUCUUUACUGUAAUUUUGCUAUCCCUAUCAAUCUUGUAGCUUGUUACUACUUUUUGCUCCAUUUGGAAACUUAAUUCAGUCAAACAAAACAAAAGAAAUGGUCUUAAAUUCAUUGGAAUCCAAUUUUGUAAACGUUUAGUCUAAAAAUACAAAGUUUUGUUGCGACAGCCUUGAUAUUCUUAACUCCAGUGUGUACCACUGUCCCUAUUAAAACCUCAACUUAUGUUAUAAACUCAAGCAGACCAAAAUAAAUGGUCCCAAAAUUAGAAUCAAAAUCCAGUUAGGAAAAAGGUCACUCUGGAAAUACAAAGAUACAAAGUUUUGUUAUGGACGUUUUAAUACUCUGCCUCUUCUUAACUCUUAAUUUUGUUUUUCGUUAUGCUCUAUUGUGUACAGCUUUUGGUCCAAUGAAAUGGCGAGUGGCGAAUAAAGUCGGUAGCCCUUUUGAAAAGUUCGUACCACGACACGCUUUCACGAGACAAGCCAUGGCGACAACUCCACACCGUUUCUAAAGGGCUUCCUCUGACAGCACUGCAAUUCAGGUCUCAUUCAGUUAACAAUAACCAGGAAAAUUCCCAAUCCGAACCUGGCAGCUAUAUCACCCAGGGCUUCCAUACACUCGUGUUCGUGCUAACUCGUCCGAGAGCCGCAGACAGACGCGGGUUAGGCGGGCGGUCGGUCGGGGUUGUCGGAGCAGCUGUGAUCUUCCUGGUGAACCUGGCUUAGAGGAGAACCGAGAUACAGAGACUGUAAAACUGCGUUGUUUCUACUACUAGAUCUUCUUGUCGUCGUCGUUAUUAUUCUUAAAAUUCAUUGUAAAGCCUGAAGAGUGAAUGAAGGUCAGGGGCACCUUUUUUGUCCAAUCGGUCGUUGAUGGCUUUAGAUGGUUUAGAAUGGGUUGUCUGUUUUGUCCAGGGACUUUCAAGACUAUGAAAUCAAGCUCGCAAACAAGUCUCAUAUAAAACUGGUCCACAUUUCUCAUUCAUUGUGUCUUGUUUUGGAAGACUUUCCAAAGUUUUACUUUCCCCCUCGUUCAUCUGUUGUGGAUGGGAGUUAAAGUUGGCUUGGGUUGAGUUUGCUUGGGUCUUGCCAAGACUGGUUGUCCUGGACUGGUUGUCCUGGACUAGUGUCCUGGAGCCUUGGUGGUGGUGGUAGUUGUGGAUGUAUGGAUAGAUGGAAAGAUGGAUAGAGCGAGGAUUUAUACAGUCUAUAUUGGUUUACGUGCUACACAAAUCACCCCAUUGCCUCACACUUACGCCUACCUUUUGUUGGGGUUCUUAUUUUAACGUUUUUGUCGUUUUUGUCCUGCUGUCGCGUCUUCAAACAAUUUCAAACCUAUUUCAAUAACAAUGCGAUGAGCACUGAUGAGUCGUAAAGUAUUCGUUUCACAUUUUGUAAGUGCGACGCGGCGUCCAAGCCUGCCAUGAUUUAAUAUUUGCCUCAUUUUUCUUCUAAAACAAGUGAUUUUUGCAUUUUUCUGAGUUCCUCAAGUGUUGAAAACCUGUCUAUUUAAAAGGUUUGUGUUUUUAGUGGGGUUAGUUUUUAAAAAUGGAAAAAAAUGUGUUUAAAACUGGACCCAGGCCAGAGGGUUUCAUUUUUAUUUAUUUAAAACUAUAAGAAAUUUUCUUUUCAGGAAUUGUACAGUAGGAGAACGGAUUAAAGGUACAAGUUUAGCUCAGUCAGUCUGUCAGUAGAGUACUGUAAAGGUGCCUCCGAAUCUGUGUUGCUGUGUUGUCUGUGCUCCAGGCGUUGCUUUUCUCAGACGACCUCAGAAAUCAGCCUCGAGGACGAAAAAUAUAUAUAUUUUUUCCUCCGUCAAUCGGUCACUCCAAGCCUGGAAACACUGACAACCACAGAAAACUUGGAGAUGGAAAUUUAUUUGUCAAUCUGUAACCCCUCCCCCUUUUUCCCUUUACACCCCUUUUUUCCCCCCCAUUACACCCUUUUAACCCUCUUUUAUCCUCGUUAACUCCGCCCCCUUCCCCCCAAGGUUUAUAAACAGGGUUUACAGAAGAAGUUCUAUAGGGGAGGUCUGUCAGGGGCGUGGUCCGAUUUUAUCGGAAUGGUAUAAAUAUGCCGUUUAUCCGCGAAUCGCUUCGCCCUCUGACUCUGCUCUUUCUCCUCUCUAGUUUUAUUAUUUGAAUUUAAUUUUAUUUUUGCUUUAAGUCUAUUUUUUUUUUUUUUUGUACGCAGAACCAAAAGUCGUUUCAAUAACAAGGUUUUGAAAGACCUACCUGUAAAUACCCUGAACUACGAUCAUUGGGAUUUGUUUUCCAGACAGGACAGAACUGAUCAGGAUAAUGUAGUUUUUAAGAACAUGUAUCAUUAUUUGUAAGUUAACUAUCUGCAUGUCUUGAAGCCAUGAGGCAUUAGCUAAUAAUAAUUUUCUAAAGAGAAAAAAAGCAAACAAAAAAAAACUUUUUACACAUUUUAUUUUUACAAUUUAUUUGCUUACCUUGACAUAAAUAUCCCAGAUUAUAAUGUGACCCUUUUAUUACUGCAAAUUUAUCUUUAUUUUCCAUAUUUCUGUUUCCUGUGUACAACAUAUAGGCAAUUUAUAACAAAAUGAAAAAAAUUAUUGAAGAAAUUUAAAAUUGAAAUAUAUUUUAUUUGAAAGUUUAUGGACCUUUUAGCCGUGAGUUGGAACAGUUGUAUACUCGUAUGAUUUGAACUGACUUGACGGUUAUAAGAAAUGUAUCAAGAGUUUUAUUUUUUAUGCUUCUUUAAUAAAAUCUUGUUUUUUGUUUUCGUUUUUUACUGUAAAACAAUAAA